GUCUGGUGUACCUUUCUAAUUAGCAUCAUGUACGCAUGGCACGGAAGCGCCCCCUUUCCCCCUCCCCGACCUGUCAACCCCCUUUCCGCCAAAGAGGGUACGCGGGAGAGACGCUCCUUUAUAUUGAUUUAUUCCGUUUUGUGCGCAGCUCUCAUUGCCCGGGCAACCACCACCUGUAACGUCGUCCCCUUUCGUUUUCUGACCACACACAAUCUCCUGCAGCUAUUACAAUAGUCGUCGGAGAGGAAGAAAAUUAAUAAACAAAAAUUGUUCGUCACAAAAGAGUCAUUGUUGAAAAAAUGAUUCGCCACAUCUCGCCAUUGUCUAAUGACCGAGUGCUCACCGUGUUCACCGUCAUCGCGGUGUUGGUUGUACCAGGUGUGCUAUCUGAUGAUAGUUUGCGAUCCGCUUUGGAAGCCAUUUCGAACAAAAUAGAAGAAGCGACUCCUCCGAGGAUGGUUUAUUAUAGCCCAGGUAAAAUGUAUUUAAUUUAAUCCGUACGGCUGUUGUUAAAUAUUAUUAACCUCAUUAUUUACUUUGGUAACUUUACUGAUUCUAUAAAACGCAAGUACAAUGUGUGUCUGUGUGGUAAUCGAUCGAACUACGCCUAUAACCUAUCGAUUUCCAUCCGAUGUAUAUUCUAAGAAGCAAUGGCGUAUUCGGAUUUUUCAAAAGGAAGGGAGGAGGCUUGACUAAAAAUAAUAAUGUUUUACAAAAUACAUAAAUUAUAUAGUACAAUAAAUAGGUAAUAAUAAAUAAUGAGGUUAAUAAUAGUAGUAGUGCAAAUGUGCAUUGAUUAUUAUUUUAUUAGUAAAAAGGUAUGUUUGCAAUGCUGAAUAGUUUAUACCUACCUACCUAAAUAUAAUGUAUAUUAUUAUUAUUAUUAUUAUUUUGUUUUUAUAUUGAUCACGGUCAACGAGAGGGCGGUAGCUGAAAUCCCCUUAACUUCCCCCCCUUGCAUAUGCCACUGGUGGUAUAUACAUUUAUAAUGUAUAUGGAAGUGUAGAUCUAUGGACCUAUGAUAGGUCUUCUAAAAAUCCGAUGUAUGUAGUAGUUAUAUUGCCUAUAUUCACUAGGAAUUCUGAGUCACUAUAAGGUCUUCGAAGUAGUCGUAAUAACCACUCUGAGACUUUUUUCCUUAUGGUUAUAAAUGGUGUGUGUAUAAAAUAGGGUAGCUGGGUGGUAGCUCCUGCCUCAAGUUGUAAAACACUAUUUUAUGCCUAUAACGGGAGUAAUAAAAAUUACUCCUAUUGCAUGAUCAUUUGCAAUCACAAAUUGAAAUACACAAAUAACCAAUUGGUUAUGCGUACAGUUAAAUGUGACAAUAGGUAUUUAACAAUCAGGUAGGUAGAUAUAUUUGUUUAACACAAUAGGUUAUACGCUAUUUCGGGUGCUUACCUAUUAGUCCAAUGCUCGGGAACGAAUGCAAAAAAAUGAUAUAAAUAAAAAUAAACACCAUGUACCUAAUAUUAUAUAGGUACUUAUAAAUACUAGGUACCUAUCUAUACUUACCUAUGUAUUAUUAUGGAUAUAUCCAAUCGCAUUUCCAAACAAUUGUGGACGAUAGGCAUAGGCACACGCCUAAUUAACGAACAAAGCCGCCCGGCUUGGCAUCUUUUUAGGGAACAUAUUUUGUAAUAACCUACAUUUUUUGCCUAAAGUGCUUAGUCAGUACUUUCGGAUGAGGGUUCGAUGAUAAAAAAGGAGCCCGCCAAUCACGCUGGUGAGAUGUAUCUCAGUUGGGCAAACGAGUCUGAGUAACCUAUUUUAUUAGUUAGCAAUUUCUCGUUAAAUCGAACAAGCAGAUUUGCAAAUUUGCAGGCAGCUUUAGGGCCCUUCAGGUUAGGAGGAAGGAAAGGGAACCUAGGUAAUAAUAAUUGUUCUAAUGAAGGUACUUUCUUACAUAUAGGUUUAAAUCACAACCACGGAUUAAAUAUGUCCAAAAUCGAUAACUUUUUUGUACUUUUUAAUUUCAAACUCAAAAGAUUAAAUCAUUUAUCUCGAUUCUAAUAAUAAUUACAGUUUAGAUAUUUAUCCACUAAACAACAUUAAAAUGUUUGUAAACUUAUACUUACUUACUUUACUAUACCUAUACUUAUAAUAAUGUUUAUCAAACUGAAAUUUACCUACCUAUAAGUACUAAUUGAAAUAUCGGGAAAAAAAGAACAACAAUUUUAACAUUUUUAAUAUAAUAAUUAAUUAUUACGUAAAAAAAAAUAAUGUCAUUAUAAUUUAUAUUAUAACACUAGAAAACUGAUACUUAAGUGAUUUUUGAUAGAUUAAGUUUAGUUCACUCAAAUAAUAGCAUUAUAGUAUGAAAAGGUUUUUAUAUGUAAUUUCAAUGAAUAAAUGGAAUGAAAGAUACCUACCUAUAUCGCAACCAAUCAUUAUUUUAAUAAUGUUUAACUUUUUUUCACAUUAAAAGACAAACAUUUUUCAUAAGAAAUAUAUUUUUUAUAUUUCAAUAUUUUAAAAAAAUUAUUUUAAUUUUCAUAGUUAAUUAAUAUAUUUAUAAUUUUAAAAUUGUUGGGUUUUUUUCUGUAUUCUUUUUUUCCUUGGUCUUUUUUACCGAUUACCACUUAUAUAGGUAUGGUAAUUAUAAUAUUGAAUUUAGUGAUGAGCAAAAUUAAAUUGGUCUUGGUCUUUCAGCAAUACCAAAGCCUAUACGACAUUGACACUAGCAAGACUUAACAUGCAAGACAAACAGUUCAAGACUCAUGUAGUCUUGCACAUUUUUUUUUCCCAGAAAAAUAUAUUUAAUUUAAACAGAAAAUAUCAAUACAUUUGAACGACGUUCGGUAUAAAUUAAUAGUAUCUAAAUAAUUUGGGUAGCAAAUUUAAGUGUUAGGCGCCUACUUUAAAUGCACUUUGGUACCUAAAUAAAUACAAAAUUUAAAAUGUAGGUAGGUAUUUAACUAAUUUUAAUAAUCAUAUUUUGCAUUUUAGAUUAUGGUCAACCGGAAGACAUUGGUUAUGGUUAUCAAAAGAAUUUAAGGAAUUUAGAAAAUAUAUUUGAACAAGGAGCACCAAUAAGCAGUGCGAUUUCCAAAGGACAAAGGGUUCAAGCGUUUAUGAACUAUUUAGCAAAAGAAAGUCCUCGGUUUAAUCAAAAACCCUGGGGUAAAAAAAGGUCAAUAUUCCGCGAAAGAGAAGAUUCUGGCAUGUCGGACAAUUUACAACAAUUGAAUUAUGAUAAAUACGCAACGCCUUCUGCAUUCCGUGAACGGUACAAAACUAAUCCCGGUAUUGUACAAGAAUACAAAAAUAAUAUGGAAGAACAGGAAAAUAAUUAUAUGUCAGCUAUAAAUUCGCUUGUGGACAAUUAUAUUGAAGAAAAUGUACAAGACAUGUCAGAUGAAGAAUUGGAGGAUUACCUAAGAUCUGCACAAGAAGAAAAACGUAACAUACCGGAAGCAUACCAAAAUUUAUACGAUCCUUAUUAUAAAAGGAGUGGUAAAUCGAUAAAAAGACAAUAUUUUAUUAUUCCAAAAUAUCAAAAUAGGAGAAACAAUAAAUAUCAAAAUAGAUGGGUAAAACCGAGAUUAAUAAAAAGGUCGAAGAAAAACAUUUCUUCAAACGAAUUGCACACAGACCCAAAAGUAGCCGCAGAGCUAAACAAUAUUUUUCUGGGAUCCGAACCAAAUAAUAACUCAAAUGCCAAUAAAACAAUAACCAGUUUAGAUAAUAACAAUAAUGUUAAUAAAACAUUAAAACUAGAAGAUGAUAAUAUAAACGACUCCAAAAUUGAAUUAAAAAAGAAAUCCAUCGAUUGGAGUAAUUAUUUUGGAUACGAUCGAAAGUAAGUUUUAUGUGUACUUAAAACUUACCUAGUAAAAUGAAGAUGCUUACCUACCUAUAGAUAAUACAUGUAUAAUGCACAUUACCUCUAUUCAGUUAUUCAACCCUAAGAUAGGUUUUGUAGUCUUUCAUAUUCAUUGUAUUUUAUCAUUCCCGCAUCAGAAAUCAACUUUUUGGUAGGUACUUAUCUGCUCGUAAUGUUCUUGAUCGCUUUCGUGCUCUUGCCAUUUAUCCUCUAUUGUUUAUUAAAUUGUAGAAGGUCAUCUACGUGUUCAAUCAUAUUCGAAUAUUCCAUCUUCUAACUUGAAUCAUACCUUAGUAUCAAAAAUAAGUACUUAGUAUAUUUUGGUUUCAUUUAUUUCACUUAGUAGGUAGGUACUCUGUCUUCUUUCUUCAUUCCAUCCAACUAACUCAUUCUUCUUUUCUAACACAACAUCUCAAAAUUUCUAAGAGGAUUUUGGUUCGAUUUGUUCAACAUCCAAAUUUCACAUCCAUAUAGUGUCACAUUCCAAACAUAUACUUUAAUUAAGUACAUGCAAAUCCUCCAUUUUGUAUCCGUGAUUUCUUUUUCGACUUAGUUGAGGAUAUGAUUACAAACUUGAAUAAGUACCUACUCAAUCUAUAAACUGGAUUUAAUUUUUACCAUUCAGUGAUAAAUUUGGGGAAAAAACAGUCUAUUUCUUCUAUCGCUCUUUUCUAAUCAUUUCAAUCUAACCAUUGUUGCCCCUACCUAACAAUUACAAAGUAUCUGUUUAUCUCUAAAAUCGAUGUCUAUUCUUUCCAGUGUUUGAAAAAACUCUCUAUGAAACUGUAUUAAUUGUCUUUUAUAAGUUUAUAAAUGCAAUAAUAAUCCUUACUAAAUUCUAUCUGCUAGUAUUCUUCAGUUCAAAAUUACUUCCCUUAUUCCCUUGAUUUUUUAAAACAUAAAUAAGUUAUUAUAAUGUAUAUAAUAUUUCCUAUGUUUUAAUUUUCAGAAAAAAAUCUAUCGAGAACAUACCGUCUGAUGAUACCAUUUUAAAUCAAUACAUGCAUACUUAUGGAAAAGAAAAUGAACUAGAAAACGAUGCCAACGAAGUCAAUAAAAACUUAAAAGAUGAUAAACUAGUGUGGUUAGAAGACAAAUUAAUCGACAAUGCCUUGAAAUAUACAGGUGCUAAUCAAGGUACUAAUGACCCAGAAGAAAUAGAUAAUGUGAAAAAUCAAGUACUUGCCAACUUGAAUCAAGCCUAUAACAUUGAAAAACUUAGACAAGAAAAUAACGAAAUGAAAGGUAAUUUUUUACUUAUUCAUAGGCAUCUAAUAUAAUAGUAGGUAUGAACCUGAAAUCUAAAUUUUAAUAAAAGCUCAUAUUGCUGAUGAGGUGCCACAGUUUUAGGAAUUGGAAGAUAGGAUGUACGAAAUAAUUUAAUUUAUAUCUGCACCAUAAAAUAAACCAUUGCUAAUGAAAAAUGAUUUUGAAUAAAGUAAUAUUGGUUGUAUUUUUAACCUUUUUUUCAAGGUAAUCUAGAAUUAACAAAAAAUUGGUUUUUCUAUUUAUCAAGAAAACUACAAGUAAAAUAAAAAAAAAUUAUUUUAAUGCAGCAAUUAGAUAAAAAAUACUAUAAAAAAGUUCCUGUUAAGUUUUUGAUUUUUGGUAGGAAAGACUGAUACAAAAAAUAAUCACACAUCAUAAUAAAAUCAAUAUAUCCUCUGCAUCACUUAGAAUUUAAAAACAAGCUAAAAUAACUUGGAUCAUCUAAAUUUAGUAAUUACUUAAUAUGUUCCAAUAGUUCCAUUAAAAUUUUAAAAAUUUCAACAUUUUUUAUAAUGCUAUUUAUUAACAUUAUUUCACUAGGUACAGAGUAGAAAAAAAAAUAUACUUUUUACAAAAUUUCUAUUUAAACUCAUUUAAUAAACCAUAUUUAAAUAAAUCUAUUUAAAUUUAUAGUGAAAUUCAUAUUACAUAGUUAAAAUAAAUAAAAUUGCAUCUAUUCAGAAAUAUAUUCUUAUAAGACAAUAUAAUUGUUAUUUAAAUUUAUAUAUUUGGAUUUACGUACAAUCUAUAAACUAUAAUGUUUGAUUUCUUUAGUGGAUGAGUGACGAGAACAGAUAGAAUAAGUAACAAAUACAUAAGAGGUAGCAUUCAAAUAGACUGAUAUGGUUUUCAUUGUAAUGCAAUAAGUUUAGGUGGAAUGAAAGGUGACGAAGAUCAAAAAAGACAUGGUUGGAUUCGAUUGAAAAUGAAAUGAGGGAAGUACCAAUAUGCGAGAUGGGAGAUAGAGUCAAGUGGAAGUUUAGGAUGAGGGGACCAAUCCAAAUAACUGGAAUGAAAGUGAAAAAGAAGAAGAGAAAAAAGUAGUAAAAUCUGAGAAUACUGGAUAAUUUUUUUUAAGAUUUUUUUUGUAUCCAAAUUAUAUUUUUUCAAAUAAAGAAAAAAAUUUUAAUAGAUUUUAUUAUUGUGAUUUUUUAGAAAAUCAAUAUGACAAAUUUGAUUUUAAUGUACCUGUAGCAGAAAACAAUAGUCAGCCUAUGAAUUCUUUGGUGACAGAAGAACCACACACAAGAGGUAAUCAAAUUUUAGAUUUUUAUGAUAAUAAAAAAAAUUUAUGUUUUAUACAUAAUAUGUAUUAGGUGAACAUAAGUGUACUCAACUUCUACAAAUAACUCAAGACUGUCUUGAAUUAGGUGGAUCUGCUGGAGAAUUAAUGUUGCCCAUUUGCACACUUUACCGUGUUUGCAAUACUUGUGUAAGUAAAGUAUUUAAAUUGAAUUUUACAUUUUAAACUAAUUGAUAAUUUUUAUAUAAAUAUUAGGAACCUGAAAAUCCUGAUUGUGUAAACAAAUUCAUACAAGGUUCUCAUGAACUUUGCAGCAAAGCUCCAUUGUGUAGAUACUUUUCAAGACGUAUGUUACAACUUAUGCAAGAUCAUCCAUUACAAAUGGAAUGUCAUGAGUGCAUGAUCAACUUUUUACAGGAUGAAGAUUAAUAGAAAAAUCAUUCGUAUCAUUUGAUUAUUAUAUUAACUGAAAUUAACUAAAAAAAAAAGUGGAAACUUUGCCUUAAACAUAAUAUAUUGUGGGUGUUCUAAUAAAAGACACGAAGUAACUUACUGUAAAAGAAAUUGAAACACACUUUGUAUUCAGUGAAACCUCUAUACAUUUUAUUAAUAGAUAUUAUGAGCAACAGCGGAUUGGCUCCAAAAUUAAAAUUUACUAAAAAACUCACCCACAUCUUGGAUAAUCUUUUUUUUUCAUUAUUAUUAAACAAAAACAAUAAUUGCCCAUAAACGGCAUACUAAGAAUUCUACCGGUAUUCUGAUGACUUUCAUUCCACUGCUACUUGUGAGUGUAAUUUGUCUACUAUUGAGAUAUUUUAAAUGUUACAGUUAACCAGUUUCUAUUAUUUAGUGAUAUGUUUGUCAUAUUUCAUAUCAAUAUGUCUGGGGUGUAUAUAGAAGUUUCACUGUGUACAUUUCUAUUUAAUCAUUAAAAACUAUAAAAUCUAUGGUAUUUUAAAAGAUAAUAUUUGGUAUAAUGUUAUAUGGUAUACAUUAUACAGAAAAUGUCACUUUGUUUUUUUUAAUUGAACACCCAUAAUAUAAAAAUACCUAAGCUUACGAUUACAGUAACUUAGACGGUGCUAAUCUGUCUCAGAGUUACCAAAUUCUAUCUUGUUUUAUUAUUAUAAGCAAGUUAUAAUACAGUAGUCAUAAUUAUAUAAUAUUUCUUAAAUAAAUAUAGCAUAUUCAUAAAUAUAUAUUAAAACAAAACUAGUUACUUGAUUGUUGUCUUCAAUAUUAUUAUAUAAUCCUAAAAAACUUGAUAGGGUUUUCUC